GGCGUUGGAGCUCGGUGGGGCCCAGCUUUGCGGACCCGGGAGCUCAGGACGCAGGCGGGGCUUGUGCUCCGCGGGGGCAGGGCGUAGGGUGGGCCUCCUACCGCCCCUACUCUCGCGGUUUGUUCCGUUUGAUUGGAGCUUUCUGGACCGUGUGCUCGACGGUGACCUAGGUGCCGUGGGGCCACACGCGAGUCUGAUAAGCACCCUCCCCCGGGAUCAUGCCGUGCUGUGAGGCCUAGCGAAGAUGAAGAUAGAAUGCAAGGUAGAAAGUGCUGGAUACCUUUAGAAAGCUGCAGGACUGGUGCGAUGGGAGUUGAGACGUAAGAACCUGCCCGUCCGUAGGGCUCUGGAUGCUGCUGAGGCCCGAGGCCCCUAUGGCAGAUAUGAAAAUUCACCCUUGUAGAGUCAUUCCUGCCUUUGAGCGGACUCCCUUUUAAGGCAGGUAUGCAAUGGCAUUAUCACAGGUCACCACAACCUCUGCCUCCCAGGUUCAAGUGAUUAUCUUGCCUUGGCCUCCUGAGUAGCUAGGAUUACAGUUUACAGAAGCACUUGCAGAACUCAUCAGAAGCCACCCCGCUUAUCAGCAGAUCUCAAGAGAUCGUUCGGUGGAGGUCCUGGGUCUACACAGCUCACCCUGGGAACUGCUCGCCUGAGCGUCGGAGCCGGCGCUGGCCCCCUGCAGCCGGAAGGUUGCAGCCGCAGGAGCCCCGGAGGCCCAGGACAUAGGGCUGUUGCUCUUGCAGAAUCCACAGGUCUUUCUUGAAGAAAUCUGUAGUCAGAACUUUGUGCUGCAUUUUUAUCUAGGGAAGGAACAGAAGAGAAGAGUGUGGUCUCCUAGAAAUCCAGCACUGGAGAAACAAGGAAAAUUCUUCCAAGGAUGGUCUCCCGCUCAGAGCUGAGGAAGCUUUUCUACUCAGCAGAUGCAGUGUGUUUUGAUGUUGACAGCACAGUUAUCAGAGAAGAAGGAAUCGAUGAGCUAGCCAAAAUCUGUGGCGUUGAGGACGCGGUGUCAGAAAUGACACGGCGAGCCAUGGGCGGGGCAGUGCCUUUCAAAGCUGCUCUCACAGAGCGCUUAGCCCUCAUCCAGCCCUCCAGGGAGCAGGUGCAGAGACUCAUAGCAGAGCAACCCCCACACCUGACCCCCGGCAUAAGGGAGCUGGUAAGUCGCCUACAGGAGCGAAAUGUUCAGGUUUUCCUAAUAUCUGGUGGCUUUAGGAGUAUUGUAGAGCAUGUUGCUUCAAAGCUCAAUAUCCCAGCAACCAAUGUAUUUGCCAAUAGGCUGAAAUUCUACUUUAACGGUGAAUAUGCAGGUUUUGAUGAGACGCAGCCAACAGCCGAAUCUGGUGGAAAAGGAAAAGUGAUCAAACUUUUAAAGGAAAAAUUUCAUUUUAAGAAAAUAAUCAUGAUUGGAGAUGGAGCCACAGACAUGGAAGCCUGUCCUCCUGCUGAUGCUUUCAUUGGAUUUGGAGGAAAUGUGAUCAGGCAACAAGUCAAGGAUAACGCCAAAUGGUAUAUCACUGAUUUUGUAGAGCUGCUGGGAGAGCUGGAAGAAUAACAUCCAUUGUCGUACAGCUCCAAACAACUUCAGAUGAAUUUUUACAAGUUACACAGAUUGAUACUGUUUGCUUACAAUUGCCUAUUACAACUUGCUAUAGAAAGUUGGUACAGAUGAUCUGUACUUUAAACUACAGUUAGGACUCCUAGAAGAUUGCUUUUUUUUUUUUUAUCUGUAGUUCCAGUAUUAUAUGAUGACUAUUGAUUUCCUGGAGAGGUUUUUUUUUUUGAGACAGAGUCUCGCUCUGUUGCCCAGGCUGGAGUGCAGUGGUGUGGUUUCAGCUCACUGCAAGCUCCGCCUCCCGGGUUCACGCCAUUCUCCUGCCUCAGCCUCCCGAGUAGCUGGAACUACAGGUGCCCACCACCACACCUGGCUAAUUUUUUGUAUUUUUAGUAGAGACGGGUUUCACCGUGUGAGCCAGGAUGGUCUUGAUCUCCUGACCUUGUGAUCCGCCCGCCUCGGCCUCCCAAAGUGCUGGGAUUACAGGCUUGGGCCACCGCGCCCAGCCAAUUUCCUGGAGAGUUUUGUAAUCUGAAUUCUUUAUGUAUAUUCGUAGCUAUAUUUCAUACAAAGUGUUUUAAGGGUGGAGAGUCAAUUAAACACCUUUACUCUUAGAAAUACAGAUUCGGCAGCCUUCAGUGAAUAUUGGUUUCCCUUUGGUAUGUCAAUAAAAGUUUAUCCAUAUGUCA